CUGCAAACAGUGGCAGUUACUGCCAUUUGGUUUAUACUGAUAAGGAGGCAGAAGAUCACUUGCAUCAUAUUGAAGAUUAUCCUGCUUAGGAUGUACUGCAGCCUUCAUGAAGACUAAUCAGAGGUUCUGAUUUGGACCUCAGCCAGGCAGGUGUCCACAGAGCAUUGCCAUUUGUGUUUCAAGUGACCCUUGUUUAACCACAAGGGGGAGUAUUGAUGCAGUGAAUCAGCUGUGAAGGGGACCAAUGAGACACUCUUGUAACUUUGUGACCCUUUGUACACCCAGAUGGAUCCUGGUCCUAUUCAUCUUUGUGCAGCAGGUUAACACAGGCGAGGUGCAGGGCCCAUGUGAAGGCAGAGACUGUUCUGUCUGCCAGUGCCUCCCUGCCAAAGGUGCACGGGGGGCUCCAGGGAAGCAAGGGAAGCAAGGCCCCCCAGGACCAAUGGGAUUAAGGGGUAGAGAGGGGCCCCUUGGUGAGAAGGGCCGGAGGGGCACAGAGGGAUCACCUGGCCCAGAGGGGCCCAAGGGAGACAGGGGCAUGACUGGCGUUCCUGGUUUUCCUGGUACAGAUGGCUCUCUGGGCCAUCCUGGAGCAGGGGGUGAACCCGGCUGGCCAGGACUGGAUGGCUGCAAUGGGACAACGGGGCGGCCAGGAAACCUUGGUAGGCCUGGCUUGGAUGGUUUCGAUGGACCUGUGGGGUUACCUGGACGUAAAGGGGAGAAAGGAGAGCCUCUGUAUGACGCAGUAUUACCAGGACCCCCUGGGGACCCUGGGAUUCCUGGACCACCUGGUGUUCCAGGGUUCUCAGGUGUCCUUGGGGCUAAGGGCCACACUGGCCCUUCUGGCCCUGCUGGACCUGAGGGCCCAGUUGGACCUAAGGGCUUCAGAGGACCACCAGGUGACAGUGGAAGAUCACUGGCAGGCGAUAAAGGUGACGAUGGUGAACAAGGCCCACCUGGCCCACCAGGACCAGAAGAAAUUAUAGAAUUUCCUCCAGACUAUCUCCCUGCCAAGGGCGACAAGGGAGACCAAGGUAUUCCUGGACCAUGUGGACCCAAAGGCCAAAGUGGUGGUAGAAGAGACUAUCAAUUAGCAAUUAAAGGAGAGCAAGGAAUCCUUGGUUUUCCUGGGGUUCGGGGUGUCACAGGAAGACCUGGUGGAGUUGGAGCACCAGGACCUGAGGGUCCCUAUGGAGAUCCAGGACUGCCAGGUCUCAUUGGCAGAAGUGGACCAAAGGGCUACCAAGGAGACCCAGGACUUCCCGGGCCUCCUCAGUUUUACGAUGGAAGAGCUAGAGGGCCUAAAGGUGACCAUGGUUAUCCUGGAUUACCUGGGACUCCAGGUGACCCUGGGGACAUGGGCAUGCAUGGACCUCCUGGCCCACCAGGGUUAACACUUCCAGAUGAGCCGGGUCAACCUGGUGUACGAGGUCCCCCAGGCCCCAAGGGAUACAAAGGAGAGCCAGGAAGGUUUGUGGACUUUGAAAUCAAUACUUUCCCAGGUGGAAAGGGAGUCAAAGGAAUCCGUGGAACUAAAGGUGUCAGAGGCCUGCCUGGCCCCCCAGGAUGUGGAGAUUACUACUGUGAGCCUGGUGACCCAGGAGACCCUGGUGAACCAGGACAAAUAGGACCUACUGGACCCAAAGGAGUCAAGGGAAUUAAAGGCUGUCCUGGGAGCUGUGAAUGUAGACCAGGUGGGGGAGAGAUAUUUAUCCCCGGUCCACCAGGUUUUCCUGGACCUCCAGGGUUUGAUGGGCUUCCUGGAACUAAGGGUCUUAAGGGAGAACCAGGACUGAAUGGAGGCGAUGGCCCAAGAGGACCAAAAGGAAACCAAGGAAGUCCUGGUUCAAAAGGAACAAAAGGUCAGAGAGGGGACUCUUUUGUGACACAUGAAAAAGGUGCAAAGGGUGACCAGGGUAUUCCUGGAUACCCUGGUUCUCCUGGAGCAAUAGGUAGGCCAGGAGUGGAUGGACUCCCUGGUCCUGUUGGAGAUCCUGGACCACCGGGUGAUGGUUUUGCAGGAUUGCGUGGUGCCAAAGGAUACCCCGGUGCAGCUGGAGUCAAAGGGUUUCCAGGAUAUAUGGGCCUCCCAGGUCCUGGUGUUCCAGGCCCUGAUGGGCCACGUGGACAAAAAGGAAACCAGGGUAGUCCUGGGCCUCCUGGAUUUCCUGGAAGGCCAGGUCCUCCAGGUGAAGCUGAGAGAUGCUGCCAUGAAGGCCUUCCUGGGUCAGCUGGACCCAAGGGUGAGCGAGGUUCACCAGGGAGUCCAGGUGUACCAGGAAGUAUUGGUUUCCCAGGAACUGUUGGACACCCAGGGCCUAAAGGCAUGCGUGGAGAUGAUGGGGGAAUCGGAGGAAUCGGUGUGCCAGGACCUGCCGGUUAUAAUGGAGAUCCAGGUGACCCUGGGCCCAGUGGAAUUAGCUUGGAUGGUCUCCCAGGACCUCCCGGGCCACCAGGACCCACAGGGAGGAAGGGUGCCCCAGGAGAUGCCUUUGCUGCCAGGCCUGGUGCUCCUGGACAAACUGGCCGUCGAGGACCUCUGGGGAAAAAGGGAUCCCCUGGCAUUUCUGGAAACCCUGGGUUACCAGGGGUACAAGGCCCACCUGGACCACCAGGUCAUAAAGGACAGCCAGGCGACUUUGGUGAUCCUGGUGCCAUUGGUCCCCCAGGCCUGCCCUGUACAGUGUGUGAGCUAAAAGGACCUCCUGGCCCUCCUGGACCUCCAGGAAACUCAGGACCAAGGGGAAUACCAGGUUACCAUGGUCAGAAAGGUUUGAAGGGAGACUUGGGUCGACCUGGUUAUGGACUGAAGGGUGCACAAGGUCUUCCUGGCCUCCCUGGCUUGUCAGGUCCAGCAGGACCCAGAGGUUCCCCUGGCCCACACGGUGACCUUGGGUUAUUAGGUUCACCAGGACAAAAAGGUCAAACUGGGUCCCCUGGCAGGGAUGGGGCCGGAGGUUUACCAGGUCUCCCAGGACAUCCAGGGCGCAGUGGGAUACAGGGGGAGAGAGGCUUUGAUGGUCUUCCUGGUGACAAAGGAGACCCAGGUUUAUCUGGUGUUAAAGGUUCCCGUGGUCCCCCAGGGAGAGCAGGAGUCCCACCUCAAGGGGUCUUGAAUGUAACUAAAGGCCCUACAGGACCGCCAGGAGAUGUGGGUCCACCAGGGACAGAUGGAAGUCCAGGCUUGAAGGGCCACAGUGGGUCACCAGGUGACCCAGGGCCUGAUGGUUGGCCUGGUCCCCCAGGGAUAAAAGGUGGCACUGGUGUACCAGGAAGGGCGGGAAGACCAGGAUUUCGUGGUCACCCUGGCCUCAAAGGGUUCCCAGGUCCACGGGGGUACCCUGGGCAAAUUGGAGAUCCGGGGAACCCAGGGUCUAGGGGCCAUCCUGGAAAUCCAGGUCUCCAAGGAUUUUCAGGGCCCAAGGGUGACCCAGGACAAUCUUUUGGACAGCCAGGUCCACCUGGACCAAAAGGACUACCAGGGGAAAGAGGACCAACAAAUCCCAGUGAGGAGCGAGGAGAUCCAGGGGACCCAGGACCCAGUGGACACCCAGGACAACCAGGGCAACCAGGCAUUCCGGGUGAUCCAGGAGUGCCUGGAGGAGCAGGUGUCACUGGUCCUCGUGGGCCACCAGGUCGACCAGGUACUUCUGGAAUUCGAGGUGACCUUGGAGGUCAUGGACCAGUGGGUCCACCUGGCUUACCUGGACCUCCAGGGCCUCCCGGAGCAUCAGGUCUUCACGGACUGGAUGGGCUUAGAGGAGCAAAAGGGAUGAAGGGUGCAAGCGGCAUAGAUAUCCUUGGCCCUCCAGGUCCAGAUGGUUUUCCUGGGGUCAAAGGUGUCAUAGGCCCCCCGGGGCCUCCAGGACCCAGUUAUCCUGGGCCCAAGGGCUCCCGUGGGCCACCUGGCUACACAGGUCAUCCAGGCCCGCCCGGUGAGCCUGGUUCACUAGGUAGAGAAUGCUGUAAGCUAGAGCAAGGACCCUAUGGAGAUCCAGGAUAUGAAGGACCUCCAGGACCCCCAGGGCCCAGUGGUGAACCAGGCUUUCCAGGAGGCAGCAUUUUCUCCAAAGGAGACCCAGGACCAGUUGGCCUCCCUGGGUUACCAGGCCGAAAGGGAGUUAAGGGCCCCCCUGGACUCCCUGGAUUUCAGAACUACCCAGGCCCAAUAGGACGUAAAGGUGAGAGAGGCCCCAUGGGUGCCAGGGGUCCUUCUGGACCCAAGGGUCCACCCGGAAUCCCUGGCCCCAGGGGUCACCCAGGAGAGCGAGGCCUGCCUGGAGACAAGGGUGCCAAAGGUCUCCCUGGUGAGAUCAUUGUUGACCCCCCUAGGGUAGGUGCCCUUGGACUCCAAGGGCCACGCGGUCUCCCAGGACACAGUGGAUUUCUUGGUGAUAUGGGUCCUCCUGGGAGACCAGGACCAAAAGGUGAGAAGGGUCGUAUGGGGUCUCGGGGACCCCCAGGAACACCAGGUCAUCCUGGGCAUAAUGGUCCUAUUGGAGACCCUGGAGAUUUUGGUCAGCGAGGAUUUAUUGGACCUCAAGGUGCCCCAGGUCCACCUGGGGAUCCAGGUGAGCCUGGCCGACGGGGGAUACUGAGCUCAGGCUUCCUGCUUGUUAUCCACAGCCAGUCAGUGAAGGUGCCAGAGUGCCCUGAACGCAGCAGUCAGCUUUGGGUUGGCUACAGCCUGGUCUACCUGGAAGGGCAGGAGAAGGCUCACACACAAGAUUUAGGCCAGGCUGGCUCCUGCCUGCCUGUUUUUUCCACUAUGCCUUUCUCUUACUGCAACACAGGCGCCUGUCACUACUCCAGUCGCAAUGACAAGUCCUACUGGCUUUCCACCACUGCUCCAAUACCCAUGAUGCCCUUUUCAGGCAGGGAGAUUAAUUCCCAUAUCAGCCGUUGUGUGGUGUGUGAGAUGUCAUCACCUGCAGUGGCUAUUCACAACCAGGACCAUGCACCUCCUGCAUGUCCACCUGGCUGGAGGAGUCUCUGGACAGGGUACUCUUUCCUCCUGCACACAGGGUCAGGUGAUGAGGGUGGUGGCCAGUCUCUGACCUCUUCUGGGAGCUGCCUCAAGGACUUCCGAACUCACCCCUUCAUAGAGUGCCAAGGGGCACGGGGCACUUGUCAGUACUUUGCUAACCUCUAUAGCUUUUGGUUGACUACUGUUAGACAAACAGAUCAGUUCCUCAUCCCAGAGCCUGGAACUAUCAAAGCAGCCGAGCAACAGCGACAGAGAACCAGUCGGUGUCACGUCUGCACCCGAGAACGAUAAAGGUCAUCAUGUCCUCUUUGAUUGAAGUAAAUCAUCUGUGAUGUUUUUGUAUUCCAUCAUUCAAAAAAUAAUCAUCAUUACUGCUGAGUAUCACAUUUAAAUUAUAUUCAGUGUUAUAUUGUUUGCAAUUGUGGUUUGUCUUCUCUACAGUUUAAACACACUCUCAUGCAUUUUGAACAACCUUCAUUUUGAUAACUGAAAAAUGUUCUAACUUCCUACCUAUUUCCUACCUUCUACCUUGUGAUUUUGCACUGAUCCAUUAUAUUAUAAAGGCAGUAGGCAGAUAUCCUAACCAAGUAAUCUAGUCAGAAAACGGCUGAGAAAAGUAGCAUUCAAAAACUUCAUUUCCAUCUGUAUACAUUAUGUUUCUCCUUAUUUCAAAUGUUUCAAACUUCUAAUACUAUGAGUCAUUCAGAGUGCAACAGCUAUCAAUGACAAGUGAAAAACAUCCUUCUGGGUGUAAAAUCCCAGGCUAAAGGGAAAUGAAUAAAUUCAACAGGAUGCCGUUGUUCCAUAGUGGGUUUCAAGUUCAUAUUUAUUUAUUUCUCUCAAC